CGGCAGCGGCCGGAGCGCGGUGAGGCGGCGGCGGCGGAGCUGGGAGGCGGCCGCAGCGCAGGAUUUCCCAUUGGCAACCCCAGGGAGGCUGCGAGGAAGAGGAAGAUGCCCCGGGACACUGAGGCAGAGCAGGAGCUGAGCAUGGAGAGCAGGGAGGACAAAUGCCCGCGGCAGAACCUGGUGGCAGAGGCCGUUUUGAGCAGCUCCACGGCGCAGGAAGCCAACGGGGAGGAAAAGCCCCGGAGCUGCCGCACGAGGAGGGGCUGCAAACGCAGAUGGCGGGGAUGUGAGGGGGAAAGAGCCAGCCUGGGCCGGGAAGGCGGCCGGAGAUGGAGCCAGAGCUCGGAGCUGGUGCUCCAUGAGCAGCUCCAUGAUGGGGAGAAGCCCCACAUGUGUGUGGAGUGUGGGAAGAGCUUCAGGUGGAACUGCGACCUGAUCAGGCACCAGAGAACCCACACUGGGGAGAGGCCCUACGAGUGUGGGGAGUGUGGGAAGAGCUUCAGCCGGAGCUCCAACCUGAUCAGCCACCAGAGGAUCCACACUGGGGAGAGGCCUUAUGAGUGUUCCAAGUGUGGGAAGAAGUUUCAGACCAGCUCCCAUCUCCUCCAGCACUAUCAGACUCACACAGAGGAGAGGCCCUUCCAAUGCCUUGAGUGUGGGAAGGGAUUCAAAUUCAACUCUACCCUCAUCACCCACCGGCGCAUCCACACUGGGGAGAGGCCCUACGAGUGUGAUAAAUGCAGGAAGAGGUUUCAGACCAGCUCCUAUCUCCUCCUGCACUAUUGGAUUCACACAGAGGAGAGGCCCUUCCAAUGCCCUGACUGUGGGAAGGGAUUCAAGCACAACUCCACCCUCGCCAGGCACCGGCGCAUCCACACAGGGGAGAGGCCCUACGAGUGUCCCCAGUGUGGGAAGAGCUUCUCCAGGAGCUCUAUCUUGACCCAACACCAACGGACGCACCGGUAAGGGAAGCCCUGCGAGUGCCCCGAGUGCGGGCAGAGCUUCGUGCGCUGCUCCAGCUCCAUCCCCCACUGGAGGAGGCACUUUGGGCACAGCCCUGGUCACUCACAUUCCCUGUGAUCCAUGUCGGGACCACACCUGGCUGCUUCUCCUUUUGGUUUGGAAUUAGUUUUCCUCUGCUUCACUUUCAUCCUUUAAAAACACCCCAAACUGGGUUAAAUGAAGGAAAUUGAUUGAAUAUAUCUGAAGCUCUCCACACUUCCCCCGUUUUUCUGUUGAACAAGCAUGGUCUGAUUAAAUGCAGCAGAUACCAUCUUUUGCACCAUGUUCUGUAGGCAUAUGCAAAAACAUGGCAAAAUUAAUACUAGUAACAAAGCUAUAAUGCUCACUAUAAUGCUGACCUUAACAAUAGAGCGUAACCAUGAUCCCAGGCCUAAAGAUUUGAGCUAUCCAUCAAUACCAAAGCCUGAUUCUACCUGUAGGUUUCCAGUUAACCGCUCCAGUGUGGAGAGCUUUGUGGACAGCUGGCCAGCUGAGAAAGGUCACGUCGACAUAAUAGCGUUGGUUAAGUUAGAAGGAGGCAAGUCUAGGAUUCAGCAGUCAGUGUCCAACCACUGACAAGGACAUUGUGCGCUUGGUGCAACAACUGGAUAGAGGAGAAGGUCUCAUGCCAAAAAUAUGAGGACAUUUUCAGCAGAAUAACCACAAGAAUGUAGAAGUAGUAACAAAAUAACCAUAAGAAUAUAGAAGUAGGCGUGGUUGACCGAGAAGUAAUUAACCAAUAAUGAGCUCAGCUUUGCAAUAUGUAUAAGCCACAUUAACACCAAUAUAAAUAUGUGUGAGCUAUCAAUAAAGUUGGAGACUUGCUGAUCACGCA